AUGAGUAAAGGUACUGCUGGUGCGCCCUUUAACAAUGAUUGGAAAUGCGGAUGGUUUCCAGAAUGUAAUGCUCCUUGUCAAUCACCAUGCCGCAACGCCGAUCAUCCACGCAAGAAAUGUGCUGCCGAGAAAUUACAUGAACUCAAGGACUGUGUUCACGGCAAAUGGGGGUUCUAUUACAGUCCAAACGGUGAGAUUCGAACCUGGGGAGGUAUUAAUAAAUUUAAUCCCAGUGGGUGUGCUGUAGUUUAUUUGCUUAUCUACAAUCGAAAUAAACAACAGUUUCUUUUUGAUUUAAGUAAAAAGGGUGAAUACACUUUACCAUCUCAUCGCCGCCUCACAUACGAUCCCGAAGAUCUGCACGUAGUUGCUACGAGAAUUCUCGACACUUUACUCUUACCUGGUAAUCAAAAUGUUCCAGUUACAUCUAUUCCUCGUCGUUUCAUCUUUACGGAUGCAUCGGUGAUCUAUCCAGUCUGUUUAAACAAUGAAAAUGCAUCGCAAAUUAUUUUCAAAAAUGGGCGAAAAUGGUUUGAUCGAAAAGUAGUUGAGCAAGCUAUGGAAUUUGCUACUCUUGAAUGGGCACUCAAGAAGGACAAUCAAAGCUACGGAUACGAAGUCAAAGACAGAGGAGCACAGCUGGGACAUCGACCGUUAUUUACACUACCUACGCUCGUUUUGCGAUGGCUUUUCGAAAAUCAAAAUAUCGAAGCAACGAAAACUCCAAGAGCAAGUUCUCCUUCUCUCUCUACUGCAUCUAGUUCAAUCUACUCUUCAAUCUCUGUUCCUAUUUCAAAUACAACAUCAGCGUACGCCUCUGCUUCAUCCACUUUAGAUGAACCUGUCAAUCAUGUUAGUUUUGAUGAAUUUUUUGGAUUGUAA